AGCUACACUUCAGUGAUGCUACUUGCUGCAACAAGCUACUGCCCACAGUCCUGCCCAGAACUGUAGUUUAAAGUCGCCCUUAAACGAUGUUUUUCCCUCCAGCUUUAUAUCUUGUUUAAAUGGAUGGACUGUCAUGGAGUCUGCAUGCGGUCAGCGGGGUUAAAAGAAAGCAAGCGCGAAUUAAAAACGCGGAAUGACCACGGUCUUCAUAUUUAAAAGACGCUAGCCUGCGCUUUAUGUGGCUUUAUAAUGUUAGUUAGUAGAGAAGCUAGCUAAUGUUAGUUUGUUUUGCUAACCUUAAAUUAAUCCCGUACGGCUGUUAAUUGCUCUAACAACCAAUGGCGCAUAACAGCUAACGUUGCGAAAUUUGUAUUGAUUUGCUCAAAGUCAUUCAACUUAGUUUUACAGUCGCACAAGCUAGUAGGCGCUCUGCUUGGUUAGCCAUUAGCAGUGGACCUGAGACCCUGCACUGUUGUGUCCGCGGAAUGAUUCAUCUGGUUGAUUGAUGGGGCUUUUAAGGACCACGAUGCCGCCCAAGAUCCAGCUUUUGGCUGUUUUGGCAUUUGGAGUGGCGAUGCUCUUCAUUGAGAACCAGAUCCAGAAUCUAGAGGAGUCACGAGUCAAACUCGAACGGGCCAUUGCAAGACAUGAGGUAGCUGAAGUAGAGCAGCGUCACAAUGAAGAUGCUGGGAGGGAACUAUCACCACUGGCAGAAAAAGAUGACAUGGUCAUCAUCUAUAACAGAGUGCCCAAGACUGCCAGUACGUCCUUCACUAACAUUGCCUACGACCUGUGUGGGAAAAAUCGUUUCCAUGUCCUGCACAUCAACACAACCAAAAACAACCCUGUCAUGUCUUUACAAGACCAGGUGCGCUUUGUCAGGAAUGUCACCUCAUGGAGAGAGAUGAAGCCCGGCUUCUACCACGGCCAUGUAGCUUAUCUGGACUUCUCAAAAUAUGGUGUGAAGAGUAAACCGAUGUACAUAAAUGUGGUGCGAGACCCCAUAGAGCGGCUGGUGUCCUACUACUACUUCCUACGUUUUGGAGAUGACUACAGACCUGGCCUUAGACGAAGAAAACAAGGGGAUAAAAAGACCUUUGAUGAGUGUGUGUCAUCAGGGGGGUCUGACUGCGCUCCUGAGAAACUCUGGUUGCAGAUCCCCUUCUUCUGUGGCCACCAUUCAGAGUGCUGGAAUGCGGGCAGUAGAUGGGCCCUGGAACAGGCCAAAUACAACCUGGUAAAUGAGUACCUGCUUGUUGGAGUAACUGAGGAGUUGGAGGACUUCAUCAUGAUCCUGGAGGCAGCACUGCCACGAUUCUUCAAGGGAGCCACAGAGCUCUACAAGACAGGAAAGAAGUCCCAUCUGCGAAAGACCACUGAGAAGAAGCCUCCCACCAAAGAGACAAUAGCCAAGCUGCAGCAAUCUGACAUCUGGAAAAUCGAAAAUGAGUUUUACGAGUUUGCACUCGAACAGUUUCAGUUUGUGCGUGCCCACGCUGUCAGGGAGAAGGAUGGAGAACUUUAUGUCCUGGCCCAGAGCUUCUUCUAUGAAAAGAUCUAUCCCAAAGUGAACUGAAAGUGUAGCCAGAAAAUAGUGACAGGGGCUGCACGAGAAAAAACUCUGUUAGAAGUCAUAUACACUGGGACAUAAAGAGACACUAAGUGAUGCUGGUGAAUGCUGGACUUAUUGUUCCUGUACCUCAGCUUUUCUGGGAUUCUAAUUUUGAUCCUGUUAUAGUACAGAGAAACCUUUUCAGACUGUACAGUGGAAUUUCUACAAGGAAUGUGUCUAAUUUUUUUUAUUGCUGGCGCAGCUGUUGAGAAAACCUAACAUGGACAGACUGUCAGUCUGAGUUGUGAGAAAGUAUUUCUGCUCAGAGCAGACCACUGAGAUAAAAGCAGCAAACUCAACUAGUUGAACAAGUUUCAAACCAUAUUUCAAUGUGUCUUUCUGUGCGCUGACAGAUUGGAAAUGGAAAUAAGCUCAUCUGGUUUAUGUAUUUUUGUUUUUUUGGCACACUACAUUUUAGGUGCACCAGUACUUGUUUACAAAUUACAGAAGAUGUAACUUUGAAUACAAGAAAACAAAGCUGCAUUUGAACAUACUGUGUUAACAUGCAGUGGUAUGUUUUUGGACCAAAUGGUAGCAACAGAAAAUAGAUUGGACCAUUGCAUCCCUUGGUGCGUGACUAGUAAUUUUUUAUCCCACUGAGAUUUUCUCAAUUUUUAGACAUGUUUAACACAUUCUAACAAUAUUUUAUCACAGAGCUAGUUAUGUGCAUCUUUGUUAUAACAGAUGGCUGCUGUUUUUUAGCCUGUGAAUGGACAACAUGGAGCAGGAGAAAGGUACUAAUCAACAGAGAAGAGAAUGUUUGAGUACAGGGUUAAACAGAGCUUUGACUUGGUCACAGGGUUAUCUCCAGCAGAAAGAGACACAGUGUGAGGUUGAACUGAUAGUGCCUUUAUUACAAUGUAUAGAACAUUUUUUUGUUUGUUUUCAUUUUCCAGUGAUCUCACAAUCAUGUUUCCUCUUAUUUUGGUGUAUUCUUUUUAACUGCAUUACCUGUUUUUGCUCUGUUUUACACUUACCACAUUAACAGCCUAAACAUAAACACAAACUGCAAAUA